GUCAUUUGGUGACUUAUCGUUGACGUGGUACUGUGAGAAUGUUGUCCUGUCUAGUGUUUAUCGCUGCGCUGGCGGCUUCUCUAGGGGCCCCCACGACGACGGCGCCAACAGUUAACAGCCUCGUACAAGGAAUGUUCGCACUCGGCGAUAAGGACAAAGAUGGUAUAUACAGCAAAUCGGAGGCCUGGUCUAGUGUGUUAAGCAUUGAUUCAGACGGCGACAAUAAAAUAAGCAUGUCUGAGUACAUUCACCGAUGGACCUCUGUGGCUCCAAACAUGGGAAUGGUCGCGUCUGCAAUCUUUCACAAGUUUGACUUUGACCAGAGUGGCUUUUUGGACCAGUCGGACGUCGAUAAAGGCUACGCGCUCAUUGACCUUGACUCUAAUGGACAAGUAUCAAACUCGGAAUUUUCAUCCUAUAUGGGUACUGUGCUGGGAGGCGUGUUCCCAUCGACUUCCACUUCUCCCUCAACAGGUGUAACCAACUUUACGGUCAUUCAAACUCUCAUUGACUCCAGUUUCCAGCAAAUCGAUCUGAACAAGGACGGAUAUCUCAGCUUUGACGAGGAGUGGACAGAUGUAAAACACUACGAUCUAAAUGGUGACGACAGAGUGAGUAAAGUCGAGUUCAUGCAUGUCAUCACAAAACUGGCUCCGGGCACUGACGAAAUGUGGCCAGAUGUCUUCGAUGGACUUGAUUACAACAAGGACAGAUAUCUUGCAAAACUGGAUAUCGUGAAGUAUUUCCAGUUGAUGGACGCUGACCAAAAUGGCUUGGUGUCGAAGUCAGAAAUGUCCACGAUGUUCGAAAACUUUGACCAGCUACUGAGUGGUUCCAACGCCACGUCCGGAGACGAGAUUGAUUUUGGUUUCGGUGACAGUGAUGUAAACAAUGACGGCUUUGUGACGCUGGAUGAGGAAUGGACCAAUAUGCUAAAUCUGGACAAUAACACUGACAACAAAAUAAGCUUGUCGGAGUUCCUCUUCAUGUUCGUGGCGUAUAAACUUGACAUGAUCGGGGCUGCCGUAAAGGUCUUCCUCAAGUACGACAAGGACACGAGCGGCUAUUUCGAGAAGCCGGAUAUCGCCGCAUUCUUCAACGAUAUGGACGCCAACGGAGAUGGGAAAGUAUCAAGGAAUGUCUACGUUACCUUUAUAGAGACGAUGUUUGCCAACCAGGGCGUGGAUAUCAGGGCCGCCUCGAUUGCCUUGAACACCGCCCAGGUGACCAAUGAUUUCGGUUUCCACAACGCCGACACGAACGGCGACAAUCUUCUGUCUCUUGACGAGCAGUGGGCGAGUGCGCUCAAGCUGGAUACUGACGGUGAUAACCGACUGAGUAAGAUCGAGUACCUGAAAAGAUACGAUAGUCUUCCUCCCAAGAUCCAAGCGACCGGACCCAAAAUAUUUGCUCGGUUUGAUUUCAACGAAAAUGGCUUUUUAGAGAGAUCGGACGUUGCUCAGGGAUUUCCCUUGGUGGACACUUCCGGUGAUGGCUUCGUAUCAAUAUCCGAGUACGUGGACUUCGUGAUAAAGCUCUAUGCAAGCUUAGGAAUAGACCUCAGCGGGACAGGUAACUCGUCUGACUUUGGUCCGACUGAUACAAACCACGACGGGAAGUUGUCUGUGGAUGAACAGUGGACGGCUGCUCUCCAGAUCGACACAAACGGCGACAAGAAAAUCAGCAAAGCAGAGUAUGUUGCGACUGGACCACAGACCCAACAGGGAAUACUUGGAAACAUAUUUGACAGAUUUGACGCGGACAAAAGUGGUUUCCUGGAUCGCUCUGAUGUCGUGAAAGGAUUUGCCGUGGUAGACACUUCCGGCGAUGGACUGAUUAGCAUGCCAGAGUACCAGGUAUACGUAGCUAACCUGUAUGCAAGUUUGUUGGGAGGCGUCAAUGGAACAAACGGAGCUGUGGACUUGUCGGAUUUUGGCUUCAGUCUUGUCGAUACAAACCAUGAUGGUCAAGUUACCUUUGAUGAGGAGUGGGCCGCAAUUGUUGUUUACGAUACAGACGAUGACAGUCGUGUCAGUCAAGCAGAGUAUUUGAAGUCCUUGCCACCUUCACUGGUGUCCAUUGGUCCAAAGUUAUUCAACAAGUUUGAUUCCGACAGCAACGGAUUUUUUGAAAAGGUGGACAUCCGGAAGUUCGUCGCAUUGGUGGAUACUAAUGGAGACGGAACGAUAUCUUCGUCAGAAUAUUCAAGCUUUGUUGGAACGCUGUUGACGAGUUUAGGAGUAGAUGUAAAUCAGCUGUUGGGGAUAACAACUACUCCUGCCCCAUAGAUCCCUGGAUAACGUGUCCUCUAAGUUUCUUAAGCAAAGAUGAUUCUGAUUCCGAUAACAACUGUUUAUUCCUUUACUCUCCAGAUGACCAGUGCCUGUUCGAUCCCACUGCAGUGUUCGCGAGUUGUGUGGCAUGAUAUAAUGCUAUGUCAAUAAAUUCAAACACUACAUAUAGA